AUGAAGCUCAAGGCCGUCCUCGCCUUCUUCGCCGCCAUCAUGGCCGUCGCUGCCAUCCCUGUCAAAGUGGCUCCCGAGUCGGAUGCCCUCGCCGUGCGCGAGGACAAGGUCGACGUGGCGGCUCGCGACCUGACCAAGACCAAGACCAAGGCCAAGGCCAAGGCCAAGAAGGUCAGGAAGGCCAAGAAGCGCGACGACGACUCGGACGACUCGGACAGUGACUCGGACAGCGACUCUGACGGCGACUCUGACGGCGACUAG